AUGGAGCUCCUGGAAGGUUCCCCUCUAGUUGGAGUCCCAACCUACUUUGGAGGAAAGGUCCAGAUACUGUAUAUUUCCCCAUAGAUUUGGUAUCUGCUGAAGACACCUCCAGAUCCCCCAUUUCCCCUCCAAGAGGACCGACGACAGUCUGUAAGCCGCCAGCCUUCAUUCACCUAUUCCGAGUGGACAGAGGACAAAACUGAAGAUGAAUUCCUCGAUCUGGACCCCGUGCCAGAGACACCGGUAUUUGACUGUGUGAUGGAUAUGAAAGUAGAGACAGAUCCAGCAACCCUAACAGUUAAAUCUGUGGGACUGCAAGAAAGGAGGGGCUCAAAUGUUUCACUCACAUUGGACAUGUGCACUCCAGGCUGUUCCGAGCAAGAGUUUGGCUAUAUUAUGUCGCCAAAGGAAGAGUCAGCUCGAGAAUACCUCCAGACAGCAUCAAACGUUCUCACUGAGGAGGAGCUACACCAGAAAGCAUUGGAUUCUUUUGUACUCCAGACAGAGUUUUUUGAAAUUCCGAUGAACUUUGUUGAUCCAAAGGAAUAUGAUAUUCCAGGUUUGGUCCGAAAGAAUCGCUACAAAACAAUUCUCCCAAAUCCUCACAGCAGAGUGUGCCUUACCUCAGAUGAUCAAGAUGAUCCCCUGAGUUCUUACAUCAAUGCCAACUACAUCAGGGGCUAUAGAGGAGAAGAAAAGGUGUACAUUGCUACUCAGGGACCCAUAGUUAAUACUGUCAGUGAUUUCUGGAGAAUGGUGUGGCAGGAGCGUUCUCCAAUUAUUGUCAUGAUUACCAAUAUAGAAGAGAUGAAUGAGGUAAUGCUGAAAUGUACAGAAUACUGGCCAGAAGAACAGGUUACCUAUGAAGGAAUUGAAAUCACAGUUAAAAGAGUUAUACAAGCAGACGAUGACCCGUUAAGGCUUAUUACCCUAAAGAAAGGUGAAGAAAUAAGAAAUCUGAAGCACUACUGGUAUACUUCUUGGCCAGAUCAGAAGACUCCUGAUCAAGCCCCAGCCCUGUUGCAGCUGGUUCAGGAAGUGGAAGAGGCCACACAGUGUGCAGAAGAACGGAAUGCUCCAAUCAUAGUUCACUGCAGUGCAGGGAUUGGUAGGACUGGCUGCUUUAUCGCCACCAGCGUUUGCUGCAAACAGUGGAAGAACGAGGGCGCAGUUGACAUACUCAGAACAACCUGCCAGCUACGGCUAGACAGGGGAGGAAUGAUCCAGACUUGCGAACAGUAUCAGUUUGUCCACCAUGUCAUGAGCUUAUAUGAAAAGCAGUUUUCUAGAGCAGCAGCAAAGGAAUAAAGAUUCGUGAAAAAUUGUUAUGACACAAACCAACAGAACUCUGACCACAAAUUGUAUGUAUUCCAGAGCUGAGAAGACACAUGUGGGAAUUUCAGAAUAGAAAAUAUUUAUUUAUAAA